AUGAUCAAGUCUGUCGCUACGGUCGUUCCGACAUUUUUGAUGUCAUGUUUUCGGUUACCCAAGACGGUUACGAGGAAACUGACAGGUGCGAUUUCCAAUUUUUGGUGGAGUUCGUCUGGACAAUCAAGGGGUUUACAUUGGGUGGCAUGGGAUAAGCUAUGCAGGGUGAAAAGGGAGGGAGGUAUGGGGUUCCGAUGUUUGGAUGAUUUUAAUACUGCUCUGUUAGCGAAACAGCUUUGGCGAUUAAUUUCAGUUCCGGAUUCACUUUUUGCAAGGGUAGGAUCUAGGGCAACCAUCUCUGUAUGGAAUGACCCGUGGAUCCCCGCUCAAUCCCCGAGACCAGCAUUGGGCACAGGGUCGUCGUCUGACCGUUUGCUCUCAGUUCAAAAUCUUAUUGACAGGACUUCUAACUCCUGGGAUAUGGCUCAGCUUAUGGGGACAAUCUUCAAGCUCGAUGCCGUACAGAAAUUCAUCACGACAAUGAGCUUUGUGCCUUCCUACUACUUUACUCUUCUUGCACACGAUCCAGCAGCUAUCCCUCCAUUCCAGCAAACCUUUCAGGUUAAAGUUGAUGUAAUGGAGCUUCACAUUUUGGAUUUGGCCGUUUCUAUUGCUAGACCUAAAAAAGUAGUUGUCCAAAAUCAAGAUGAAGCGGCAGUGACCCCCAAGGAGCCCUUCGUACCUCACUUUCAUCGUAGCGUAGUGUCAGUGUCAGAUGGUGUUGUAGAUGGUGCCAUCGUCUUCCAAGGUAGAUUGCCUGAUUGGCCUUCAGAUCAUGCUUUGAAUGAUGAUAGAAACCGAUUUUACGUGCUCAAGGAAUCAGAGUGGCAAACCACUUAUUGGAUUUCUCUCUAUUUGGAACUUUUGAUUUGUGCAACUGAUAGAGGGAUGUUUGGUAUAUUGCAGAGUGGUCUGCCCAAGCUUCAGAUUCUGAAAGUGGUGAUAGAAACUGAGGAAGAAGAUCAGAAUCCCCCGGUUGAGAGACUCAAUGCCAGAAGGGCACAUGUCUACAUUACUUUUAAGGGCUUGGCCAAGUCCCCACGGAUUGAUGAUCAUGAGAUUGGUGGCCAUGUUGAACGCAAAGCUAUCAUUAGAAGAGUCAUUGAUGCGCAUUCGGGAUGCUUGAAUCUCAAGGGUUCUUUUUGGAAUGAUAAAGAUCAGAGCCGUCGCACAUAA